CUACACAAACAACAACAACACUAUCUUACACUGAAACUAACUUUCUCUGUUCUUCCUUAUUAUUAUUAUCAUCAUUCCAUAAAUCAUAAAUAUUAAAAGAGAUAAUAAAAAGCCAUGGAACAUCACAUCCACAUCCUUAAAUCCUUUGAAUUAUUCCAAUGAUUCUUAGUUUCUGAAUCACUUUCAUUUCUUUAUAAUACUUCAUCAAGGAUCCAUUCAAACCUUCUCUCUUUCUUUUUUUUUUUCUUUUUUUUUUUCUAAUUAUAAUUUUACUUUUAUGUUAUGGGUUCUCUUGACUGUGUUCCAUCGCUUGAAGAUGGUACGGCGGUGUUGUCUCUGAAUUCGCUACCGUUAGGGUUCCGAUUCCGACCUACCGACGAGGAACUUAUCGAUUACUAUCUACGUUCGAAGAUCAAUGGAAAUGGGGACGAGGUUUGGGUUAUACGAGAAAUUGAUGUCUGCAAAUGGGAACCCUGGGAUAUGCCUGAUUUGUCAGUGAUACGAAACAAGGAUCCGGAGUGGUUUUUCUUCUGUCCACAGGAUCGAAAGUAUCCAAACGGACAUAGAUUGAACAGAGCAACUAAUCAUGGAUAUUGGAAGGCAACAGGAAAGGACCGGAAAAUCAAGUCAGGAACCCUCUUGAUUGGGAUGAAGAAGACUUUAGUUUUCUACAGUGGCCGUGCACCUAAAGGGAAGAGGACUAAUUGGGUUAUGCAUGAGUAUCGUCCCACCCUGCAGGAGCUUGAUGGUACCAACCCAGGACAGAGUCCAUAUGUUCUCUGUCGAUUAUUUAAGAAAAACGAUGAGAGCAUUGAAGCAUCAAACUGUGGUGAAGUGGAGCAGACUAAUUCAGCUCCUAUGGCUGCCAAUUACUCUCCAGAAGAAAUACAAUCUAAUCCAGCUCCUAUUACAGCAUCCACAUCACAGGUCACGGAGGAGGAUAAGCAGCUGGCUAUUAUCCCCGAUAUCUAUGAGGAAACAAUAUCCGACGCUAUAAACUCAGUUGAGUGCCAUAGUGAUGGAUAUGGUGCUCAUGAUGUUCAAAAACAAAUUGAAAAACUAGUUGCAGAGGAGGAUCAUGCAUUGAACUUUGACAUAUAUUAUAACCCGAAAGAUGGUCUAUUAUUAGAUGACAGGUUAUACUCGCCAGUUUUGGCACAUAUGCCACCUGAAUUUGAUUAUCAAGCAAACAGUGAAUCUGACGGUCAAUGUGGACUUCAAUAUGGUACCAAUGAGAUUAAUAUUUCAGACUUCUUAGAUUCAAAUCUUAAUUGGGAUCAAAUUCCCUGUGAGGAGUCCAGUAAUUACCAGCAGAACUUCCCCCUCUUGUUAAAUGUUAAGGACAAUGGUUCAGGAAGCGACUCAGACGCAGAAGUAGCCAAUAUGAUGACUUGUACGCAAGCUGUUUAUCCUCACGAGGUAAUAGACAGAAGGAUUCCCUUUACAACAACACCAUCGUUUUGCCGCACCUUUGACUAUAAUGGUGGUGAUCAAAAGAGCGAUGUUGUAUUAUUACAAAACAAGUUCCAGACAACUUUUCCAUCCGAUGUUAAUUAUGGUGAAGUGUACAACAUCAAUGCUUAUGAUCAACCAAGAAGCUAUAAUAAUACAUUUAUAAGUGGUGAAAGUGGAAUCAUAAGAAGGACCCGACCGGCAAGAGACGAACAAUUAAAGCCAAAUUCGAAUCAAGGUAAUGCUGAAAGGAGAAUUCGUUUGGGAAAUGCGGGACAUGGCUCAAACAGGAGUAGUAAGCAAGAACAGCAUAGUUCAAAACCAAUCACUGCAGUGGAGAAGAAAGCUGCAGAAAAUCAUGCUGCCGAUGAUGAAAGUUCUACUGGAACCACUCACACGUAUAAAAAGAGGAAGGCAUCCAAGUCAGUUGUCCAUAGAAAUAUUUCUGUAUUGCUAGGAAGGGUGCGUGCGCCUUUCAGAUCAAAGAAUUCCUCCUCCAACUGCGCCUUGUGGUCUUCCGUUUUUGUAGUUUCUGCCUCUGUACUGGUUUCAUUAGUAGCAUUUACUAACAUAUGGGGAUGUAUUAAAUUUUAAACUGCUUGCAGAUCAUUCCUUUGUAAUUUGUCUCCAUUUCUUUUUUGGACCAGUUGAGGGGAGGCAUGUAGGGUUUAUAACUUUCUUAGAUUCGUUGAUAACUCAAUAUAUAUGCGUGUGUGCAUAUAUGUAGUUGGUGUAUAAUAUGUUAUCGCCCACUGUCACUCAGUUGGCUAGUCUGUAGACUCUGUUAUUGUAUAUUAAGCUUAAACAGUUUCUUCA